AUGAGAAACCACACGACUGUGACAGCCUUUAUUCUUCUUGGAUUGACUGAUGAUCCACAAUUACAGGCUGUCAUUUUUCUACUCCUUCUUAUCACCUACAUGCUGAGUGUCACCGGGAACCUAACCAUCAUCACUCUCACCCUCCUGGAUCCACACCUAAAGACGCCUAUGUAUUUCUUUCUCCGAAAUUUUUCAUUUUUAGAAAUCUCGUUCACAACUGUAUGCAUCCCCAAAUUUCUUGUCAGUAUAGCAACAGGCGAUAAGUCCAUUUCUUACAACAACUGUGCAGCACAGCUGUUUUUUACUAUUCUCUUGGGUGCAGCCGAGUUUUUUCUUCUGGCUGCCAUGUCCUAUGAUCGCUAUGUGGCCAUCUGCAAACCCCUGCAUUACACCACCAUCAUGAGUGGCAGAGCCUGCAACUUGUUGGUGUUUGCUUCAUGGUUGGCCGGUUUCAUAAUAAUUUUUCCACCACUCCUUGUAGGUCUCCAGCUAGAUUUCUGUGCAGCCAACACUGUAGAUCAUUUCUUCUGUGAUGUUUCUCCUAUAUUGCAGCUCUCUUGCACAAACACGGAUAUCAUAGAAUUAAUGAUGCUUCUCUCAGCCAUUUUGACGCUCGUGGUUACACUAGUGUUAGUGAUUCUCUCCUACACAAACAUCAUCAGGACUAUUCUGAAGAUACCUUCUCCUCAACAGAGGAAGAGAGCCUUUUCUACAUGCUCUUCUCACAUGGUAGUGGUGUCUAUUUCCUAUGGCAGCUGCAUCUUCAUGUAUGUGAAACCCUCGGCAAAGGAGAGAGUGUCUUUAAAUAAAGGGAUAGCUCUGCUCAGUACUUCUGUUGCCCCCAUGUUGAAUCCCUUCAUUUACACACUGAGAAACAAACAAGUGAAAGAUGCCUAUUUAUCUCCAUUCCUUUGGUGA